UUCGGUCAGAGACGGUCGGAGCUGCACGCUGGAGGAGAAGCAUCACACAGGAACACAUCUCAGGAGGCUCGGUUCUUAAACCUGCCCCGGCGUCCAGAAGCUCCAUCUCCAGUUCAGGGAUGCGUCCACGCUCCAGACUUCUGUCCAAGAGAGGACUCCUGCUGCCGACCAUCAGAGAAGGCUCGGAGGAGACGGUCCGAGAGCUGAACGAGACCAACACGCUGCGCAGCCACUCGGUCUCCUCAGAGGACUACCUCCUGUCUAUCUGCCACCUGGCGCUGCCCACGUUCCCCAGCAGAGAUGUGUCCAGCCAUCCCUCGCACCAUGCUGCCCAGCGACGGCUGCGACUGACUCCAAGAGGGAGGCUCCUCGAAGAGGAGGAGGAGGAGGAGGAAGAGGCGGAGGGGGUGAAAAACAACCUGGGGUGCGGGAGCGCAGAUCCACUGGAGUACCUUUACGGACAACAAAACACAGCUGGAGGGGGGCGCAGGGAGGUGGGCUCCAGGUCACACAGCAUCCCCAGCACCUCCAACCCAGGUCUCCCAUGGCAACGCAAGAACAGCUGUCCAGAGUUUCACACCACCAUUCCCAACACAUCCCCCAAACACCGACCGCAGACCAGGAGAGGAGGCCCUGCCGGAGGAGAGAGAAGCAGCCCGGCCCUCAAACAGUCCCUCAUCUCUCAGUGGAUCUCUGAGUGCCGCUCGGCCUGGAGGGAGGCCCGAGUCCGCGCCUGCAUGCUGCCAGCUAUCGCUGAAAUCUAAGAAGCACUAAAGACAAUUCAAUUAUCCCCUCAAUCUGCUCUCAAUGCAUGACUUAAAAAUAGAUGUGUAUGAGCGAUCCAGUGGUGUUGAUCUGUAACAAUACACUGAAGCCAUUAUCUGCUGGGUGACUCCUGGAGACCAAAGGUUUCUUACGGCGUGAACAAACAAGCUCACGCUGAACCACCUGAGCUGUUUGUCGACUCCAUAGCAAACCAGCGCUUUAUGGCAGUGACUUGAAUAUUUAUGUCCGCGGGUGGUCGUCCAACGUGACAAAUCUGUUUCCUGUGUUUUGUGCGAUGAACAUUCCAAAGUAAAAUCCUUUUGAU